CCUGCGUACAGAUCCUCUCAUCUCCUCUACAGUCAUCCUCGCCGCCAUCACAGCCCCACUGGUGAGCCUGCUGCGCCACAAUGGAGAGACAGAGGUCACAUUUGUCCCACGAGGUCUCCUUGCCUUCACACUCGCCCUUGUGAAGAUGGACAGGUGCAAGGGUGCCGGUACGCUCUUGGCCUCUUGGCAGGGGUCAGCACAUGCUGCCUAUCCCAAGCCGAGAAGAGCCCCUUAUCGGAUACAAAGACCUGAGACUUCAGUGUCAUACAUCGCUCGCAAGAGGAGGCAGAUAGUGUCCAGCGCCAUCGACCUCCCGGUUGGGUCCCUUCUCCGACAAGAGCACUUGGUGCCUCUGAUACCUGUCCUCCCCGUUCGCCAUUACGGCUCGCAUCGCCUUGGUCGUCGUGCUGGACAAGACACUACACUGGCGAGCUCGAGCUCUUCAGAAGCUCUCAGAGUCCUUCGUCAGAUGCGCAAGGUCUUUUCGCGGAUCGUCCCUGUUCUCGGAGACAGUCUGACUAGCUUUGCAGACUUCCGCUUCACCUCCGCAGAGUACUGCUUGUCGCCGGACGAAUUCGACCUCAAAGAGAAUGUGGAGGAUACCUCGGUCGCUUGGCCUGAGAAGGUGACUUGCGAGGAGGCCGAAGAUCUGAUCCUGCUGUUCGAAGACUUUGUAAGAUGUGCCCCCGAUGAAGCGCAGCUCGAGGAAGCGGCUUUGCUUGUCCUCCUCGUAAUCACCGCGACUAAGCCAUCUUCAAACCGAGACGACAGCUGCUCAGAGGUGCUAUCGGCCGCUGCCCAAGUAUCGCCAGCGCAGCAACCACCUCGAGCAGCUUUGCAGCUCGUUGUCAAUGGCUUCCGCAACGAUCUGGACUAUAUUGGGGCGUCUCGCCUCCUGGAGACAUGGCUAGACUCACUGAACUGGCGUCUGAAGAACGAGGCGAUACUCUCGCCUCUUCUCGAUCUCUCCGUAUUCUUGCUGCAGUCUCCCAGCAGAAAUCACCGUCAAUUUGCCUUUAGCGUCAUCGAAAGAGUGACCGACGAAGGUCAUACGCGAGACCUGCCCAUCAGGCUUAUGGGCGGCUUGGUAGCGAGUAUGACUAGGGCUGAAGAGGGGUGGUCCGAUUUGCCAACGACAUGCCGCCUCGCCAGAAGGCUCUAUUACCGGAUGCUGGACUCGACCCAACCUUCUCCCGCUCUGAGUAGUGAGCUCCAGUUUUGUUGGGUUGCCUUGGCAAUCUGGCAAGUUCUGGCUGAUCCGUCAGUAAGGAUCACAGGUGCAUACGACAGCACAAUCGAUUUGCCAACGUGGCUCGAGUCUCUCGAUUCCAGAGGCUUCCUGCAAGAUGGAACAGUACGCACAGCCAUCCAUUCGGUCGUGCUACGAUCCAUGCCAAAAGAGCUUGACAGCUGCGAGGACGAAGAACAGGUUCUCGAUAUGUUCAAGGCUGUGACGCAGAGGUGUGGCAGGACCCGAAUGCCCCCGGGUCGCUCGUCUUGGGGUUGGGGUAUCAGAGCCCUCUUGGGGCAUUCGAGCACCCUCAUCAAAUAUCCUAAUGAUCUCGAAAGCGCAGAAGUGCCAACCUCACACACAAUUGCAGCAAAUGAAGGCAACAAUGCUGAUCUGAAUCGCAUCCGCGAAGCAGAUGUGCUGCUAGAUAAGCUUCUGGCACAGCCGAAAGCGCCUACGCCCACGCCCUUCCUUGUCCUGCCGCUCUUGAGGGUCCACCUCGCCCAGUUCCCUCCUCAGAUUGACAGAGCAAUGUCAAUCUACGAUAGUAUGCGAGCCCGGUCUCAACGCAGUCUCGGCUUCGCUAAGUUUCUACAAUUUCUCAACGAUACUCGUAAUCUUACCGGAAAUCCCCUAUCCCGACGCGUCGCCAAGCUGGCCGCGCGUGGUCCUGACGGAGCGACGCUGACAUUGUUGCUGGACAGUCUCUUCCGUUGCAGCCCGAUCGAGCUCACCAACGCUCGGAAGAUCAUUGACGACAUCAUCAGCGAUGGCAGCGAGUCGAAGUUGAGCGGAUCGAAGCGUGCGAAGUACACGUGCCAGCUGCUUUUAGCGCUUGAAGACGGAACAGACGCCGCUUCCGAGGCCUGGGAAACCUUGACUAAGCGGGCGUGGUGGACUUCUGACUGGCAAAGUCGGCAUUGGCAAGAGCUAGUAGGUCGACUCGCAGGCGUACAUGGCUGGAGAGGCUAUUCCAGUGCUCUGAGUCGACCACUGAGAGUCAGCGCAAGCCUCAUACUGGAGGUACUCUCGCAGGGGAUUCAAAGCGAAGCUUUCCUCAGCCACGAUCUGUACACAUCUUUGCUGCACAAAUUUGGCCACCUCGCAACGGAUGGUUCGCAAGAUGACAGAAGCGUGCUCCUCGAAUUAGUUCAGAAUUUGCACGCCAUCCUAAUCCGUGAUUCGCGGAUCGCGCCGGACCUGCCCUUGAUCAAUGCCCUAAUGAAUGCCUACAAUCGAUGCCAAGCACCUAUACUCGUCCACGAGCUUUGGGAAGGUCUCGCUCUGGCUUCAUUGCGGGUAAGUGCACCAGGCGCAGCAGAGCCAGAGACGCCUGCGAACGAUUCACAAGCUACCUUUGCCGUUGCAGCCAGGGCCAACCCUGCCUCUUCAGCCGCCAUUGAUGGAGCUACACUGUCGAUCUACCUCGAUACCUGUGGUCGCUACAGCGGAGGUGUCAGUCGGGGCCGUCGAGCUUGGGCUUUUACAGGCCGCCUCGACGCCAGGAUGAGAGAGAGGGCAGGGGUCCAUGCCGACCGGGUAGUAGCUAUCCGCAACAAGAACGCCUGGAACUCAUGGCUGGAAUUCUUGUGCAAGAGAGGUCGCGUGUGGGAGGCAAUGGACGAGUUGGAGAAGAUGAUCUUGGAGCUGAAGUCGAGGCCAGCUACCGAUGACGGCAGCGAGAGCGGUCCAGAUGUCAAGACGCUCUCGAUGAUGCUCAAAUUCGCUGCUCGUGACAGGGACUGGCAUAUUAGCCAGGGGAGAUAUGGUAGGGCAGGAUUCUUCAAUAGUUCUUCUGCGAAAGAGAUCGACGCAUGGUCGAAGUUGCGUGAGAUGAUAUGGACGCGAGGGGAUCUUCGGCACCUCUGGAGCAGAGUCAGGGACAUCGGACAUCCCGGAUAGUCAGAAGCGGAAGAUUCGUGGUGGUCUUGAUGCUUAGUAUGCUGAGCUUCCAGAAUACCAUUGUACAUUACAUAACACAAUACAACACAAACACUGGAUCGUACGCUGUGAGUCCAC